UUGCUUCCCCAAGCAGGAAGAAAACAUCCGGCGGAGAGCUUUGGACUAGAGGCUAGCUUAGUUUAGUUUCGCUCCAGCCUCGAUACCAGUAAUGACCACACAAAGUGAAAGUGUGCUGAACUAUGCUUGGUCAAAUAUAGAUUUAUAGCCCAGAACGUAAAAAACCUCCUUGACUUUCCUUCGGUCCGAGAGUUGAUAUCAGGUGUGAAUGAGUGACGUGGUGCCUCCCACAGCUCUCAGUGAAGUCCAGCUACGGUUCUUGUGCCACGAUGACAUAGAGAGUGUCAAACUGCUCUGCGGUGAUUGGUUCCCAAUUGAGUACCCAGACUCAUGGUACCAGGACAUCACCUCAAACAAGAAGUUUUUCUCUCUCGCCGCCACCUUCAGAGGAGGCAUUGCGGGAAUGAUCGUGGCCGAGAUCAAAAGUCGAACUAAAGUGCAUAAAGAGGAUGGAGAUAUUCUUGCCUCCAGUUUUCCUGUGGACACACAGGUAGCCUACAUCCUCAGCCUGGGAGUGGUGAAAGAGUUCAGGAAACACGGCAUAGGCUCCCUACUGCUGGACAGUCUGAAGGAGCACAUCUCCACGACAGCUCAGGACCACUGCAAGGCGAUAUACCUGCACGUUCUCACCACCAACAACACUGCCAUCCACUUCUACGAGAACAGGGACUUCAAGCAACACCACUACCUACCCUACUACUACACCAUACGCGGCGUUCUCAAAGACGGCUUCACGUAUGUUCUCUACAUCAACGGGGGUCAUCCACCUUGGACAAUUAUCGACUAUAUCCAGCACAUAGGUUCAACCUUAGCCAGCCUGAGCCCGUGCUCAAUCCCACAGUGGCUGUAUCGACAGGCGCAGUCUCUGCUGCGAUCUCUGCUACCGUGGUCCAACAUCGCCUCCAAGACCGGCAUACAGUACAGCCGAACAAUGUGACACAACCAGGAGUAAAAAGUAUCGAGUUUCUCAUCGGUCUUCCCCUGUGUCCACCAGGACGUACAUGCACACCCUCAGCACGCUGUGUAGGACACAGAACCCCCUUAACCCAUCAGCUUGUUACUCCUGAUUCAAUGCACGUUUGGCACACACACACACACACACAAACUGGGUUAGUUGCUGAAAUAUGGUGAUUGCACCGCAUCAAAGUGCAAUGUUGUGUUUUUACGCUGACAACAGGGAAGGAUUUGGGGGAAUUCGCGGCUGGGCAUUAGUCACCAUGUCUUAUCCCGUGCACCAUUCCAUAUCGGCGACAGUAGCGUGUCUUGCGCCGGUCAUGCCAAAGCUGAGAAGCUUGAGACUUGCUUCUCGGCUCAGAGAAACAGGCACAGAUUUUAAUGUGACGCGUAUGUCUACUGUUGGUAUAUUAUAUAUACUAAGAUAAUAGAUUUCAUAUUUAAUGUACAGUGUGUCUUAUAUUGCUGCUGCCCGUUUGGAAUAACCACCUGUUUUCCUUUUUUGACUGGAUUGAAUGUGAGUCGACCCCAAAUUGUGACGUACGGGACCCAAGAACAAACAGCAUUGGACUGUGAAUCUCGCAAUGCUUUUAAAAAAGUAGUGUAGAAUAAAGUUAGUUAUUUAUCGGGAACAAGGAAACACAUUAUUUUAAUUUUCAAACUUUGUUCCCUUUUGAAAAAUGAAGGGUUUUUUUUGUGUGUGUGCAAUAACUAAAUGUACUGUAUGUGUGACUUCACCGCUGACACAAAUAAACACAUUUUAGCUUAUAAUUGUUACGCCGCAACACAAAGUUUACAUGCAUUUAACUAGGGCUGCAACAACUAAUCGAUUAAAUCGAUUAUAAAAAAUAGUUGCCGAUUAAUUCAGUCAUCGAUUCGUUGGAUCUAUGCUAUGCGCAUGCACAGAGGCUACUUUUUUUUUUUAAUGUAUUUAUUUAAUUUUUUUAAUAAACCUUUAUUUAUAAACUGCAACAUUUACAAACAGCUGAGAAACAAUAAUCAAAAUAAGUAUGGUGCCAGUAUGCUGUUUUUUUUUUCAAUAAAAUACUGGAAAGGAUAGAAAUGUAGUUUGUCUCUUUUAUCCGAUUAUUAAUCGAUUAAUCAAAGUAAUAAUCGACAGAUUAAUCGAUUUUCAAAUUAGUUGUUGGUUGCAGCCCUACAUUUAACGCUAUAUUCAAACUUAUUUUUAACCACUCAUGAUAGAAUCCAUCCUAUUUUAAAGGUUUUAAAAGGAGAGUUGGCGCCUUCACGUCUAGUCUAGUUUGUUUAAACACAUUUUCAAGAUUAGGAUAAAUUAGCGAUACUUGUUACAUGUUAGCGUAUGUGAGCAAGGUCGGAAAUUAGCACCUAUAAAGUGCCAAAUGCUGGUGUACAGUAAAUACAUUCAGUCGACAUGCUUGUUGGUUGCACUGUAGUUGCUCCAUUUGGACUGCAUUCUGUCGCAUAUCGUGUAUAACAACAGUGACUGUGAAAUGUGUUGCUCCACGGUGUGAAUUUCAAAAGAACAUUUCAGACAGUUUGUAUGCAAUAAAAGUUCCUUUGAUUGUAAUAACUACAGUUUUUGUCUUUUGAUACCAGUGUAGAAGGAAAGCUCAACAAAAUCAAACCCAAGAAGCUAUGGCAGUGUUUGUUUCUUCGAGGCCACAAAUACAUUUCAUAAUCAUAAUGAGACUGUCUGAAUGUGCGUAGGUGGCCGUUAAAAAUGCUAUACUAGGCGUGUCCAAACUGGGUCAAGUGCGGCCCGCCAGCCUCUUCAAUUUGGCCCGCGAGACGUCACGAGUUCAACAAAGCAUCGCACCACGGAGCGCUUUCAACUCAAUCUUAAAUACCAGGUAGUUUCUGCAUGCUACAUAUUUCCUACCAUUUCAUGGACAAUGUUAAAGUAAAUCAGAUCAAUGACCCUUGAAAGUACUUGCAAAUAAUAGCACAGCAUUUACUUGUAUGACACAAUCCAAAUAACCUUCUCUAGUCAUGGUGCAAAAAAACCAACAAUCCAAUCUAAUCCGAUCCACUUUAUUUAUAUAGCACAUUUAAACAACA